CUGGCCGAGCCGGCCGGCCGGCCUGGCUCCCCUCCCCGGCCCCGACGGGCGGGCGGGCUGCCCUGAGGAGGCGGGGAGGGGAGGGCUGGGCCGGCCGGCGGGUGGGCGACGAUGCCGAACUUCUGCGCUGCCCCCAACUGCACGAGGAAGAGCACGCAGUCGGACCUGGCCUUCUUCAGGUUCCCGCGGGACCCGGCCAGAUGCCAGAAAUGGGUGGAGAAUUGUAGGAGAGCAGAUUUAGAAGAUAAAACACCUGAUCAACUAAAUAAACAUUAUCGAUUAUGUGCCAAACACUUUGAGACCUCUAUGAUCUGUAGAACUAGUCCUUAUAGGACAGUUCUUCGUGAUAAUGCAAUACCAACAAUAUUUGAUCUUACCAGUCAUUUGAACAAUCCACAUAGUAGACACAGAAAACGAAUAAAAGAAUUGAGUGAAGAUGAAAUCCGGACACUGAAACAGAAAAAAAUUGAUGAAACUUCUGAACAGGAACCCAAACAUAAAGAAAUAAACAACAGCAAUGCUCAGAACCCCAGUGCAGAAGAAGGGGGUGAAGAACAGGAUGAAGACAUUUUACCUUUGACUCUCGAAGAGAAAGAAAACAAAGAAUACCUAAAAUCUUUAUUUGAAAUUUUGAUUCUUAUGGGAAAACAAAACAUACCUCUGGAUGGGCAUGAAACUGAUGAAAUCCCAGAGGGUCUCUUUACUCCUGAUAACUUUCAAGCACUGCUGGAGUGCCGGAUAAAUUCUGGUGAAGAGGUUCUAAGAAAGCGUUUUGAGACAACAGCAGUUAACACAUUGUUCUGCUCAAAAACACAACAGAAACAGAUGCUAGAAAUCUGUGAGAGCUGCAUCCGGGAAGAAACCCUCAGGGAAGUGAGAGACUCUCACUUCUUUUCCAUCAUCACUGAUGAUGUAGUGGACAUAGCAGGGGAAGAACACUUGCCUGUGUUGGUGAGGUUUGUUGAUGAAUCUCAUAACCUGAGAGAGGAAUUUUUGGGCUUCUUGCCUUACGAAGCCGAUGCGGAAAUUUUGGCUGUGAAAUUUCACACUACGAUAACCGAGAAGUGGGGGUUAAAUAUGGAAUAUUGUCGUGGUCAGGCUUACAUCGUAUCUAGUGGAUUUUCUUCCAAAAUGAAAAUUGUUGCUUCUAGACUUUUAGAGAAAUAUCCCCAAGCUGUCUACACACUUUGUUCUUCCUGUGCCUUAAACAUGUGGUUGGCAAAAUCAGUGCCUGUUGUGGGAGUAUCUGUUGCAUUAGGAACAAUUGAGGAAGUUUGUUCGUUCUUCCAUCGAUCUCCACAACUGCUUUUGGAGCUUGACAAUGUAAUUUCUGUCCUUUUUCAGAAUAAUGAGGAAAAGGGUAAAGAACUGAAGGAAAUCUGCCAUUCUCAGUGGACAGGCAGGCAUGAUGCUUUUGAAAUUUUAGUGGAUCUCCUACAAGCACUUGUUCUAUGUUUAGAUGGUAUAAAUAGUGAUACAAAUAUUAGAUGGAAUAACUAUAUAGCUGGUCGAGCUUUUGUACUCUGUAGUGCAGUAACAGAUUUUGAUUUCAUUGUUACCAUUGUUGUCCUUAAGAAUGUUCUAUCUUUUACAAGAGCCUUUGGGAAAAAUCUCCAGGGGCAAACCUCUGAUGUCUUCUUUGCAGCCAGUAGCUUGACUGCAGUGCUGCAUUCUCUAAAUGAAGUGAUGGAAAAUAUUGAAGUUUAUCAUGAAUUUUGGUUCGAAGAAGCCACAAAUUUGGCAACUAAACUAGAUAUUCAGAUGAAACUCCCUGGCAAAUUCCGCAGAGCGCAGCAAGGUAACCUGGAAUCUCAGCUCACCUCUGAAAGUUACUAUAAAGAAACUCUAAGUGUUCCAACAGUGGAACACAUUAUUCAGGAACUGAAAGAUAUAUUCUCAGAACAGCACCUCAAAGCUCUUAAAUGCUUAUCUCUUGUACCCUCUGUCAUGGGACAGCUCAAAUUUAAUACAUCAGAGGAGCACCAUGCUGACAUGUACAGAAGUGACCUGCCCAAUCCUGACACACUCUCAGCUGAGCUGCAUUGCUGGAGAAUCAAGUGGAAACACAGAGGGAAAGAUAUAGAGCUUCCAUCCACCAUUUAUGAAGCCCUACAUCUACCAGACAUCAAGUUUUUUCCUAAUGUUUAUGCAUUGCUCAAAGUCCUAUGUAUUCUUCCUGUGAUGAAGGUUGAGAAUGAACGCUAUGAAAAUGGGCGAAAGCGUCUCAAAGCAUACCUGAGGAACACUUUGACAGACCAAAGGUCAAGUAACUUGGCUCUGCUUAACAUAAAUUUUGAUAUAAAACAUGAUCUGGAUUUAAUGGUAGACACAUAUAUCAAACUCUAUACAACUAAGUCAGAGCUUCCUACAGAUAACUCAGAAACCAUUGAAAAUACCUAAGAGACUUUAAAAGUAGGCUUUCUCUUAUGUUUGAUAUUUGGAAAACUCUGUAAGAAAUUUGAAACAUCUUACAGAAAGAAAAACUGUCAGGUGUAUGUAGGCCACUUAAUCACUGAAUAUCUUGACUUAUUGACCUCUCAUUAAGUACAUUAGCCAUUGAUAAUCUGCCUAUUUAAAAUGGCCCCUGAUUGAACUCCUGUGCUUUGGAGACAUAACUGUUCUUCCAGAAGAUAGCAUUGAAAGUGCCACAUUACACUUCUACGGGAUCUCUGCUAAUAGCACUUGGGAAUUGUUUUAGUUAAGUCAUUUUAGACAUAACAUUUAUUAUCACUGGAUCCAAUUGUCGGGUAUUUGAACUAUCAGUUCUUAGGAGAAAAUAGAUUUUGAAGAGGUGUUGGAAGAAGGAGUACAUUUUGUAAAAUGUUACAAUGAAGCUCACGAGUGACCUUUGAAUAGUAGGGGUUUUAGUAUGUUAAAAAUCUAUAAUGGAGUUAAGGGAGUUACCAGACAGAGAGAAAAGUGAGCUUGCCAAGCAAAGAUUUCUGUGUAGAUUUUGUCUUUAUCAAAUGAACUUGAAGGAACAAGUUAUACUUAAAGUUUGAAUGAGAGAACCUGCCAUUGUUCCACAUUGGGUUGUUGCUGUUUACAUUCCUUUGUUGAGCCUACAUCCUCAUGAGCUGUUUAGCAAGUAUAUGUUGAACAUCUAUGUCUUCGUAAGCUUUUUAGCAGGUGUAUGUUGAACACCUCUGUUCAUGGUCAAGACAGGAUCAGAGGCCAUGGAUACUGACAACUGAUUUGUCUGUUUUCCUCUGUCUUUUUCCAUGACUAUAUCUACUGCCUCGUCUUGAUUUAUAAACAAAACCUGGAAAACCUACAAAAAUAAGUUUUUCGUGGUUAUCUAGGAAUAAUACAGAAAAUAUUGCUGUUAUUUUUGGUGAAGAAAAUCAAUUUUGUAUAGUUUAUUUCAACCUAAAUAAAAUGUGAAUUUUGUUUAAA